AUGUACCUCAAAUCAGACGACUUUUGUCUGAUCUUGCGGGCACCGCCACCCCCGGGGCCCCCUCUACCACCGCCACCCCCGGGACCCCCUCUACCAUCGCCACCCCCGGCACCCCCUCUACCACCGCCACCCCUGGCACCCCCGGCACCCCCUCUACCACCGCCACCCCCGGCACCCCCUCUACCACCGCCACCCCCACCCCCUCUACCACCGCCACCCCUGGCACCUCCGGCACCCCCUCUACCGCCGCCACCCCUGGCACCCCCUCUACCAUCGCCACCCCCGGCACCCCCUCUACCACCGCCACCCCUGGCACCCCCGGCACCCCCUCUACCACCGCCACCCCCGGCACCCCCUCUACCACCGCCACCCCUGGCACCCCCGGCCCCCCUCUACUAUCCACCCCCGACACCCCCUCUACCACCGCCACCCCUGGCACCUCCGGCACCCCCUCUACCGCCGCCACCCCUGGCACCCCCUCUACCACCGCCACCCCUGGCACCCCCGCCCCCUCUACCACCGCCACCCCCGGCACCCCCUCUACCACCGCCACCCCUGGCACCCCCUCUACCAUCGCCACCCCCGGCACCCCCUCUACCACCGGCACCCCCUCUACCACUGCCGACACCCCCUCUACCAUCGUCACCCCCGACACCCCCUCUACCACCACCACCCCUGGCACCCCCUCUACCAUCGUCACCCCCGGCACCCCCUCUACCAUCGCCACCCCCGGCACCCCCUCUACCAUCGCCACCCCCGGCACCCCCUCUAACACUGCCACCACCGGCACUCUCUCUAUCACCCCCGGCACCCCCUCUACCACCACCCCCGACACCCCCUCUACCACCACCACCCCCAGCACCCCCUCUACCCCCGGCACCCUCUCUACCACCAUCACCCUCGGCACCCCCUCUACCUCUGCCACCACCCCCUCUAGUACUGCCACCACCGGCACCCCCUCUACCACCACCACCACCACCCCCGGCACCCCCUCUACCACCGGCACCCCCUCUACCACUGCCGACACCCCCUCUACCAUCGUCACCCCCGACACCCCCUCUACCACCACCACCCCUGGCACCCCCUCUACCAUCGUCACCCCCGGCACCCCCUCUACCAUCGCCACCCCCGGCACCCCCUCUACCAUCGCCACCCCCGGCACCCCCUCUAACACUGCCACCACCGGCACUCUCUCUAUCACCCCCGGCACCCCCUCUACCACCACCCCCGACACCCCCUCUACCACCACCACCCCCAGCACCCCCUCUACCCCCGGCACCCUCUCUACCACCAUCACCCUCGGCACCCCCUCUACCUCUGCCACCACCCCCUCUAGUACUGCCACCACCGGCACCCCCUCUACCACCACCACCACCACCCCCGGCACCCCCUCUACCACCGCCACCACCGACACCCCCUCUAUCACCAUCACCCCCGGCACCCCCUCUACCUCUGCCACCACCCCCUCUACUACUGCCACCACCGGCACCCCCUCUGCCACCACCACCAUCAACCCAGGCAGCCCCUCUACCACCGCCACCACCGGCAACCCCUCUACCAUCAUCACCCCCGACACCCCCUCUACCACUGCCACCACCGGCACUCCCUCUACCACCCCCGGCACCUCCUCUACCACCACUCCCGGCACCCCCUCUACCACUGCCAGCACUCCCUCUACCACCACCACCCCCGCCACCCCCUCUACUGGUGUGCUGGCGCCCGCUCACAGUGGCUGAGUUUGGGAAGAGGAAGUAG